AUGGCAGGCCAGGACAAGAAAAAGUCCAAGAAGGCCGGCGGAGCCAAAGGCGAAGCCGGUCCGGUGAUCACCGAUCCUCGAUUUGCCAAUAUCCAGAGCGACCCUCGUUACCGCCUCCCCAGCAAGCGCCAGACCCAUGUCAAACUCGACAAGCGCUUUGCGCACAUGCUUGACGACAAGGACUUCUCCCGCAAUGCCGCUGUGGACAGAUACGGGCGCAAGUUGGCGCGCGAUGACACCAAGAAGCAGCUCAAGAAGUUCUACCAGAUUGACGAGGAUGAGGAUGAGGAUGAGGAGGCUGAAGACGAGGACAAAGUCAGCAUUGCCGAUGAUGACGAAGUGGAGAAGGAGCUCAAGCGGGUUGAGGGUCGCUCGUUUGACCCCGCACGUGAUGGUGGUUUCUCUGAGUCUUCAUCCGAAGAGGAAAGCUCCAGUGAAGAGGAGGAGGAGGAGGAAGCCGAAGACGAGGAAGAGGAGCUCGAAUUCCCAGACAAGCAGCAAUCCAAUGUUCCACUGGGCGAGGUUACAGAGCGGAUAGCCGUCGUCAACCUCGACUGGGACAACAUUCGGGCCACAGAUUUGAUGGCCGUCUUCUCGAGCUUCCUCCCAACCGGAGGCCGUGUCAUGAAGGUUGCCGUCUAUCCUAGUGAAUUCGGAAAGGAACGCAUGGAGCGAGAAGAAAUCGAGGGCCCCCCCAAGGAGAUUUUCGCAUCUUCGAAGAAGGAUGACAGCGAGGAUGAGGAAGAAGAGGAGCUUGACUCCGAUGAGGAAGAGGAGGAAAUCAAGAAGUCUAUGUUGAAGAGUGACUCCGGAGAGGAGUUCAACUCCACCAAGUUGCGAAAGUACCAGCUUGAGCGGCUCCGCUACUACUACGCUAUCCUUACAUUCUCUUCCAAAGACGCUGCCAAGCAUGUCUACGAUCUUGUGGAUGGUGCAGAGUAUCUGUCCAGCGCCAAUUUCUUCGACCUUCGCUUCGUGCCCGAUGGUACCGAUUUUGAUGACGACAAGCCCCGAGACGAUUGCACCCGAAUCCCCGAUGGUUACAAGCCCAAUGAAUUCGUGACGGAUGCCCUACAGCACAGCAAAGUCAAGUUGACAUGGGACGCGGAUGACAGGUCACGCAAAGAGGCUCAGGCUCGGGCCUUCCGUGGUUCACGAAAAGACAUCGACGAGAAUGACUUGAAAGCCUACCUUGGAAGCGACAGCUCCGAUAGCGAGGAUGAGGAGGAUGGAGGUGUGGAAGUGGUGGACACCACUGCCGGCGAUGGCACAACCAGCAAGCUUUCGAAGCGCGAGGCCGAGAGACAGCGCAUGCGCGCGUUGCUUGGGCUGAGCACGGAACCUACUCGCUCUUCCAAGUCAGCCGGUCCCGUCGGCGAGAUGGAAGUUACGUUUACAUCCGGUCUUGCUGGUGGUCACGGCAAAGACAGCAUCUUUGAAAACGAGCCAGAGAUCGAAGAGAGUACGAUUGACAAGUACGUGCGGAAGGAGCGUGAGCGUAAGAAGAGACGGAAGGAGAAGCUCAAGGCUAAGAAUGAAGAUCCAUCUGCCGAGGGCAAGGAUGCCGAGAGCCAAGAUGACAUGCCCGCCACUACCGAGGCGCCGCAAGAGGCUGAGGAAGACAUGGGCUUCAAUGAUCCAUUCUUCGAAGAUCCCGAUGGCAAGGCCACUUCUGCCGCCCGUCGUAAAGAGGAGAAGCGGAAGAAGCGCGAAGAGCGGGCUGCCGAAGAAGCUGCCUCUGCUGCUCAGCGCGCUGAACUUGAACUCCUGAUGGUGGAUGACAAGAAGGCGGACAUCAAACAUUUCGACAUGAACGACAUUGAAAAGGCAGAGAAACAGGCGAAACGGAAGGGCAAGGGCAAGGGCAAAGCGAAGAACAAGGAGCCGGUGGCUACGGAUGACUUCAACGUGAACGUUGCCGAUCCCCGUUUCUCGCGCCUGUACGAUAGCCACGAGUUUGCCAUCGAUCCGACCAACCCCCGGUUCAAGGCGACCUCCGGCAUGAAGGCCUUGCUGGACGAGGGUCGUAAGCGCCGGCGAACCCGGGAUGACGGUGAGACCGAGGUCACACCAGAGAGCCGGGAUCGCAAAAAGAAGCAGAAGAAGGCAUCUAAAGAGGCAGGAAGCGAAGAUCUCAAGCAACUGGUGGACAAGGUCAAGCGGCAGUCAAAAGCAUGA